AAAUUAAAUAGAUGAAGAAAAAUUAAAAUAAAUUAAAUCAAAAAUUCAAUCAAAUAUUUUUCGCAGUGCACUUAGUGCGUUUCAGCGUUGCCACCCGGUUGUGUUGUUGUUGCUGCCUGCUUGCCAGCGUGUGCACAUUCCGGGUGAAUGGCAUUCAAAAAUGGAAUGGAAAAAUCGUAAAUAACAUUGCAAUCUACUGCAACAAGAAAGUAGCGAAAUACACAAAAUAAAAAUCAAAAUAAAGAACAAUGUAAAACAGUUGCUAAGUGUUUGCGAAUACAUAAAGUGCAAUGGCUAAACGAUCCGUAGAUAUGUGCUAAGCUAAUAUACAAAUAACAAUAACAAAUAGUGCGUAGAGAGUACAAAACAAAUUGUAGGCAUGGUUGAGACACCAAAAUUUGGCAAUUUGGAAGCCUAUACUUAUCUGCUUGUGACCCUCAAUCUGACGCUAACAUUGAUUGUAAUGUUUUUCAAUUGUCUGUGCUGCAAGAAAAGCAUACCCAAAAAUGAUUUGCUGGGUCUCGAGGGCAUGGUCAAGCUGAAGAAUCCCGACGAAAUCAUUGUGCUCAACAGCACCCACAAUGGUGCAACAGCGGCGUCUGCAACAGCUGUGGCAACCAGCAAUAGUUUGGUGCACAACAGCGAAUCACAAGCGGAGCUCAAUGCUUCCACGGUGUCAAAUGCAGACUCCGAGAAACGUUCCAGCACGGCAGCGCAUCGCAGUUUGCCGGACAUUCCAGUGGCGGAGCAGCAGGACAAUGGCUCGGAACUGUACGAAACAGUGGCCGACAAGCAGCUGGCCAAUGCGCAUAAUCAGAGUCCUCAACCCAGUCUGAAGAAACAGACGAGCGUCUCGCAGCAUAGUUCGAUCAGUCAGGCGGACGAUGUUAGCUCACCGUAUUCACGUGUUAAAGGCAUACCGCAUGAUUAUGCCAAAGUGCGUGCCACCGAGCAUCCUUAUGCACAACUCAAUGCACCGUCCACUUCCAGCGCGGCAGCUGCGGCUGUGGCAGCCACCGCAGCAACAACUGCAACUUCCAGCACUCAAGAGCACGGCACCGAUUCAGUGCAACGCGGGUCGCAAUUGAGUGCGGGUUCCACACAGCAUUUGAAUGAUGAUGCGACGCCACAGGUAGAGAUUCCAGCUGCCUCGGCUAUAGCAGGCAUGAUUUCGGCCAGCCAGGAUCUGCCUUAUAUGACGCCACCGAUAGCCAACCAGCAUUUUAGCGGCGACUCGCAGGAUUCGUCCAAGGGUUAUACAAGCAUCAGCGUGCGCGAACCUUUGGCGAAUAUAUUGGCACAGCAGCCAGCGAGCAAACUGACGGCCAGAAAUGCAACUUUAACGCGCGAUGUCAACGAUUCUCAUUAUGCUACAGUCUCCGAUGAUUCGGAUGAAACCUAUGCGGCCAUUGAGGAUCCCAACAAUCGUCACAUUCCAAAUGCCACCGAUAUCUAUACCAGCGGCUCCGAGACCUACGCACAAAUCCAGCCGAUGCAAUUGAAUCCCAUUGUGGUCGCCGUUGAGAUCAACAACAGUAGCAACUUGUCAGCGGGCAAUAAUUCAUCGCUGUCAAGCAGCGGACAACAGUUGUCCACAUUGAAUCACAGCGCUGGCAAUGCAUCAACGCAUCGCAUGAGCAGCAGCAGUAUGGAGCAUGCGGGUCCAGUGCCACCGCAUGUGGACAGUUUACGCGCACAAAUGCAUUCGCGACAAGCGUCCUCUUCCUCUUCCGUGUGCAAUCUUGGCUCACCGAAGCCAGAGAAACGUCAGGCCAACUCACCGCUGCCGCCGACACCAAAAACAAGUCUCAGUCAAUCGGGACAACAUCAUUUGCAUUCUGCAGCAAGCAGCAGCAAUUUAACAUCGGGUCGCAGCUCGGUGAUAUCGGUAAUUGAAGCUGGCGGCGAUGGCAGCUCAAAUGAUGCCAAUGAAGCAAGCGAUGCAUCGCCGCAGCGCAAGCACAGCAAGAGUCUCAGUCCCUCCAAGGAUGUGGAGGGCAGUCGCAACAUCGAAGGCAUGUAUGCCAAGGUGAUGAAAAAGCACAAAUUCUCCUCGCAUCAGCCGGAGGCACUUGGCGUUAGUCCCUUGGACAGCGCGGCGGCGGCGUUGUUAACUUCCUCUUCAGCGGGCGACAAAAGUCGCGUGCGCAGCAACAGUUAUACGGCAAAGGAUCAUGGCUAUGAAACGAUACCAGCCGAUGGUCAGAAUCUGGCCCAGCAUCAUCAACAUCAUCAGCUGCCGCAUGAGAAUCGCAAAUCGGAUUGUUAUGCCGCCAAUAUGCUGCAAAAGGAGCGACAACAGGAAGCAGCCGCUUCAAGUCAGACGCUUCACAAUCCCAGCAGCAGCAUUAGCAGCGGCAGCAGCAGCGUCCAAUUGACUUCCAUUACGCCCAGCACCAGCAGCACAAAGCACUAUGAGACUAUUAACUGCCCACCGUGUCAGCCCCCAAACAACAACAACAGCAGCAGCAGUAAGACUAGCAACACCAACAACGAUCCUGGCUAUGAGCAACUGCAUGCAACGCCCCACAACAACGAUGAUGAUGCCAAAAAGUCCGACUAUGAUCCCAACUACGAGGUGCUCAAGAGUCGUGCCCACUCCGACGAUGGCUAUGCUAAAGUGCUGGAGAAGAAGCGACCACCUGGUGGCGGCGAUGCUGUCGACAGCAGCGGUGGCUAUAGCACGAUACCGGGUGCCGAUGCCAAUCAUAAUUAUGCCAGUAUAUUGGAGACAAAGGCAGCGAGUGAAACGGAUCAUUAUGCGCGCAUUGCGGAGAAUGCGGCAACGUUGGCGUCGCCCAGUUCAAUCAAUUCCUCAUCGAUGGCCACGAGUUUGUCGAUGAUUACGGUGACCACAAGCACCACCAGCAAUGUGAGCUCAACGCCGGUUUCAUCGCAAUACGAAUCGUUGACGGGCACGGGCAGUGAAACGGAUCCCAAUUACGAGUCGGUAUGCUAUCUGAAUGCCACAGCAACAACGACGGCUAACAACAGCAGCAACAAUAGCAGCAGCAACAACAGCAGCAACACCAACAGCAGCAGCAGUCAUGCCUAUGAGCGUCUGGAGUCGGAUAACAAUACGCAGGCGAGCAGCCCGUUGAGUCCAGAGUUGAGCACGCCCAGCGAUCAGUUGCUGGUCGAUGAUUACUUUCAAGUGUAGCACUUAAGAGGAGAGCUGGAUCUCGUUUGCAACACAACAACAACAACAACAGCAACCGCAACACAAACAUAGGAAGCAGCCACACAAAUUGUUUUUGUUUUUUAUUUUGCUUAGCAAUUUUUAUGCACAUAUCAUAAAUUGGAAUGCACAGCACUCGACGCAGUUCAUAGACCUUUUGCACACAACAACACACAAACAACUCUCUCAUGCUUCAUAUCGUUUUUGCUCUUUAGACUCUUUAGCUAGUUGCUAGACUAAGUAAUAGAUAACAACACCAGACAACACAAGAAAAUGUUUAAGGAAAGCAAAGAAAAACUCCAUGUACAAAGUAUUUGUAUGUUUACUUCGAUAAUUAACUUUGCUUCCCUUCCCUAACACAUAUGUAUUUAAAGCGAUAGCGCAACGCUUGACACCACACAUAUAAAUAUAUUUAUAAAUACUAUCUAUAUCUACACGAAAACAACAAAAACCACAAAGAGUUUUGCCCAGUGUGCGUCCUAAUUUAGUUCAAUUUAAAAACGGCACGAACAAAGCGCGCAGUUUAAAUAAGAGAUUUGUUUUAUUCUUGAAAAUUGAUUAGAUUCGCAGCAAGAACGAAGGAAGUUGUAGAUUAUAAAAUACAUAUACAUAUAUAUAUAUAUAUUUUUAUAUGUUGGCAUUUUGUGCUGCUCCGUUUUUUUAAACUUUUAACUUGCAAGUAUUCGAGCAACAGAAACAAAAGAAUUACACUUAAGCUACCGAGUUGAAUAAAUUAUUGAUGACUUUCACAAUGUU